AUGAAGAAAAGUAGGCUGAAGGUACAACUCGCAUCACCGUCGCCAUCGACGCAGCAGUCGCUAAAAACGCGAAAACCACAGAUUGAGACAGAAUUGUGCUAUCGCAAGCAAGCUAAUUCCAUGUUCCUACCCGUGGCCAGCGAUUCUGAGGACGAAGGUGUCGGUGAAAUCAAUGAAAUUGAAAAUCUUAUACAACAUUUUAGGCUUCAACCGAACCCGCCGGUUCACGAUAGUGGAGAGGAAACUGGCCCUGAUGAGGAGGAAAUGGUCGAAAAUAUCGAAUACGGCGGUGAGGAUGUGAGAGUAGAAGAUGUGGCGGAUAACCAUGUGCAACAAGUGGAUGUGUGGGACACAACCAACAUCGAGAUGAAUGAUGAACCUGUCGCCGAUAGUAACAUGUUCAACAGCGACGAUGAAUCGAUGGAACAAGCAAGGCAAAGCGACCGGGAGAUCGAAAGCGAUGCGUCUUCAGAAAAUGACGAAAACGUGGAUCGAAUAAACGACCCGUACAUGGUUCAUACCGCAUUAAAACUGAGUCCCGCAAUGCUGGAAGCGAUAGCUGCGGAACCAAAGUCAAUUAAGAUGACAACGGUCUCGUUCGGUAGCCUAGGAACGCUGUGUUUCGAGCUACCCACACAGCCCAACGAGCCCGUUGUACCGCAAAUUGGCUCCAAGGAGCAGUACGCGAAACCAGGCGAGCUACCUGUCCGAAUUAUAGCGCAAAAAGGUCCCGUAGAUUGGGCGGCACUGUUCGUUAAAGAGAAGAUAGCUCGCAACAUCCCGCAGAACAUUGACGCGCUCCAGCGGGACUUGUUCACCGUGCUGAACAACUAUCAGGAUCUCUACUACUCGCGGCGUACGCACGAAAACGCCAGUCAGCUGCGAUUUGGCUACUGCUUGCACGCGCUCAAUCACGUGUUCAAGGCGGUUAGUAAAGAGCAAAACCACACCGUAAAGCUGGCCGCUAGCAAGACGGCUAAAUACCCAAAACGCAGCACGCUACUGUCCAGCGCGGAAUAUCGCGACCAGGGCUACGUCCGCCCCAAAGUGCUGAUUGUGGUGCCGUUCCGUGAAUCGGCGCUUCAGAUCGUAAAAACGCUUGCGCAACUGUUCGCCCGUGACAACCCGAAAGCGGUGUCCAAUUACAAGCGGUUCAUCGACGAAUAUGGGGGCGUAUCGUCGUCGCGAUUUCCACACCACAACCGCAAACCGCUCGACUACGAGCGCACGUUCGCUGGCAACAUCGACGACAACUUCCACCUCGGAAUUGCCGUCAACCGAUCGACGAUGAAGCUGUACGCGGAAUACUACUCUUCCGACGUGAUCGUGGCUUCUCCGCUCGGUCUGCGCAUGGCAAUCGAUGGAAAUGGCGAGCGGCAUGGCGAUUUCGACUUCCUCGCUAACAUUGAGCAGCUCAUCAUCGACCAGGCGGAGGUGUGCUAUGCUCAAAAUUGGGAGCACAUUCAGUACGUCAUGGAGCACAUGCACAAGCAACUAACCACCACCGAGCACACGGACAUGUCGCGCGUCCGCGAAUGGUGCCUAAACGGGUGGUCCAAAUUUUACCGCCAAACCGUACUGGUGUCAGGGCUGGAUCUGCCUGAGAUACGUGCAAUGUACAACGGACAGUUCGCCAACUACCGUGGGAAAGCGCAUGCUUUCGGUUUCGUGACCAACGGCACCAUCCGGAACGUGAAGGUGCAGGUACAUCAGAGCUUCCAGCGUAUCGAUACGUCGCAGUUCGAGAGCGAAGGACACGCCCGGUUUUCGCACUUUAUCAACCUUAUCCUGCCCCAGGUCCGCUCGAUGCCGAUAGCUCGCUGUCUGAUCUACGUUCCGAGUUACUUCGAUUUCGUGCGGUUGCGAAACCAUUUCAAGCAAGAAGAAAUAAGUUUUACACAGAUUUGCGAGCACACGUCCGAGGAGAAUAUAGCGCAGGCACUGGAUAUGUUUCAUCAUGGCAGCAAGCACUUUCUACUGUACUCCGAGCGGGCGCAUUUCUUCCAGCGCAACCGCAUCAAGGGCAUUCGGCAACUCAUCAUGUACGGACCGCCCGUUUUUCCGAAUUUCUACCCGGAGAUUGUUAAUCUCAUGAGCGAGGAGAACCAAAAUCGCAUGUAUGACGCCGCGAACGGGUACAUGACCGUGACUGUGCUAUACACCGGCUUCAAUAUGCAGCAUCUGGCCGCGAUAUUAGGCACGAAGUGCGCACAAACCAUUAUGAAGGCGCCCGAAUCGGUGUACCGUUUUUCGACGGACCUAAACUGA